AUGCAUUGUGAUGUUAAUGAAAGUUCAGAUGCUCACACACCUCCAUCAAACUCCUUUUCUUUUGAUUUAAAUGAGGAUUUGUUUGUGGAAGAAGAUAUACAUAUGGAAGGUGUAUUGCAUGAAUCAAAUUUAAAUACUGAGUUAAAUGGUGACAUUAAUCAAAGUCAAGCUCAUGCAACAUCCAAUAUUUCUUUAUCAAGUAAUCUAUCUUGUGACAAUGAUGAAAAUAUCAUGGAUGAAGUCACAAAUUUAGAAUUGUCAGAAGCAUCAACAAACACUCAUUCUAAAAAAAAGUUGUCUAAUGAUGUAAGAAAGGCCAUAUACGAGUCUCUUUUGGAAAAAAGUGUUGAAAAAAAUUUGAAAAAAGGGGUGACUAAAUUUGUGGCAUCACAAUUUUCAGUAACCAUGCAUACUGUUCAACGCAUUUGGAAACGAGGAAAAGAAAAUUGUGUAUAUGGUGAUGUAUCCCAUAGAAUGAAAAAAAAUUGUGGUCGAAAAAAAAUUCAACUUGAUGUUGAUCAAAUUCGUGGAAUUCCUUUGUCUCAAAGAACGAUUAUUAGAUGUCUUUCUCAUGCAUUAAAUAUGAGUAAGACCACAAUACAUCGACGUCUAAAGUCGGGAGUCAUGCGAAGACACUCAAAUCCUAUAAAACCUUUUCUAAAUGAAGAGAACAAAAGAAGUAGAUUGCGUUUUUGUAUAUCAAUGCCUCAAAGUGCUAGUUUACCACAUGAUCCAAUAUUUUCAGGGAUGUAUAACAUCAUACAUAUCGAUGAAAAGUGGUUUUAUAUGACAAAAAAGUCCGAGAACUACUACUUAGUACAAGAUGAAGAAGAUCCGAUUCGCACUUGUAGAAGUAAAAAUUUCAUCGAAAAAGUAAUGUUCUUAGCUGCAAUAGCUCGUCCGAGAUUUGAUUCACAAGGAAAUGAACUCUUUUCUGGAAAAAUUGGUAUAUUUCCUUUUAUCACACAAGAGCCAUCUAAGAGGUCUAGUGUUAAUAGAGUUGCAGGAACACUAGAGACCAAACCAAUAACUUCAGUUAAUAAACAAGUUAUAAAGACCUUUUUGUUUGAUAAAGUCUUAGCUACUAUCAAAGCAAAAUGGCCAAGAGAGGAUUUAAGUCAUCCAAUAUUUAGCCAACAAGACAAUGCAAGAACUCACAUUGAUUGUAAUGAUGAUGAUUUUCGUAGAGUAGCUUCACAAGAUGGUUUUGAUAUCCGAAUGACGUGUCAGCCUCCAAAUUCUCCAGAUUUAAAUAUUUUAGAUCUUGGAUUUUUUAAUGCUAUUCAAUCCUUGCAAUAUAAGGAGUCGCCUAAAUCUAUUGACGAUCUUUUGAAAGCAGUUGAAAAAUCAUUUGAAGAACUUUCUGCGGUGAAAUCAAAUCAUAUAUUUUUAAGUUUACAAUCGUGCAUGAUUGAAAUCAUGAAAGCAAGGAGUUUCAAUAAAUAUAAGAUCCCGCAUAUGCAAAAAGAAAUGUUAGAACGACAAGGAGAGUUGCCUAUACAAUUAAAAUGUGAUCCAAAAUUAGUACAAGAUGUUCUUAAUUAUUUAGGAUAG